AUGCCAGCGAUUGAAGAAAAUGAUUCGAUGAAUCGUGACUCAGAGCCUGAGGAGGUGGACCCUCCACGUGUGCCAGCACUAAUUCCCAAUGAACACAGUGUUGAUGAACCAGUGGCAGUGCCAGUGGAGACUUCGUCUUCGAAGCGCACUUCCGGAAAACCAGCGCGGCAGAGAGUUCGAAAAGAAAGCGGCAAAUCAGUUAGCUCAGCAAUUUCAUCGCCCUCAAAUAAGACGAGUAACGGAGCAAACUCAGACGCCGAAUGGAUGAAGGCAACACCAAGGCGCGGUGGGGCUAGAGGAGCGGCGGGAAGCGGGAAAAAUGCUGCCUCCGUGACUACGCCAGUGGUAGAAACAGUUAACAAUGCAACCGGACGGCGUAACGUUGACUCGGGUAAAGGAACAACGGGAAACGCGAAAAGCGCUGCACCUCCAGCAACACCAGCGGAAGAAACAGGCAACACAACGACCGGAUGGCGACACGUCGACUCGGGUAGAGGAGUGGCGGGAAGCGGAAAAAAUGCUGCUUCUGGAACAGCGACAGCGGAAGAUACAAACAACGCUGCGACCGGAUGGCGGCACGUUGAUUCGUCUCGUCGACGUUCGACCAAAAUGUCAGUGUCAUCCAACUCAAUAGCUCGUGUUAUUGGACGUGCUGGCGGUAACAUCAAUGCAAUUCGUGAAGCAACCGGUGCAUACAUUGAGGUGGAAAAGCAGAGUGGGAAGAAGGAGCAGCAUGAUCGACAGAUUACACUCAAAGGCCCAGAUGUUGCCUUGAAGUAUGUUAACGCUAUCGCAUUUUUCUGCGAUUCGCUAAUUAUUUUGUAUUUCAGUGGUGACAGAUGA